AUGCUCUCGGCAACUUUGACAGUCCUUGCCACCUUCCUGGCUGGCAUACCUCAGCCUGCAGGGGCCCAGUCCCAGCUUCCUCUAGGUGUCAUUGCGACGGGAAACAUGGGCCCGACCAACCCCCCAGCUCCAACACUUGGAACAGCCAUUAAUCAGACGAGCAUGGCGAGACUUUUGUCCCUCAACUCCGUUGAUGACUUCUGCCUUUUCGCACCACCCUCUCCUCAAGACAUCGCCAAUUCAGAGACGUUCGAGGUCGCUUGGUGCACACAGCAGCGCAACAAUGCACGUCUCAUCCCUGAUGGCACAAUUACAGGUGUUUCUUUCCUCAAGACAGACUUCUACGUUCAGAUCAUGGGCUACGGUGACUUGACGAAGCUGAACAUCCCCGCGGGCGACUUUGGAGGUGAACUGGAUCCCCACGGUGCCUACGGCGACGGAAACCCCGUCGGUGGUAAUGUCACCUCCAACAUCACAGGCAAUGACCAGAAUUAUGCCGAAUGGAUGCUCUACAUUGAUUACAACCAAUUCUGUCUUCGUGUCUGCACGAACGCCAACUCGACGUACAGCGCGGCGGACAUGUGUUGGCACGAGCUUGAUGAAAUGGGUUGUCUGUUUGUCAUGCCCGGGAACUACAACGUUAACGGGACCUUAUCCACCCGGCUGGUAUCCGACCGCCACCGUGAACGGCACCCCGUCUUCUCCACCUUCGCCCAGCGCUUCACUGGCACCCUCACUGGCGGCAGCGUAUACACCGUCGGCGACCUCUCCACGCCUUCCGCGCCUUACUUCACACCCUCUUCCAGCAACUGUGUCACAACGUCCACCAUAUCCAACGGGGUCGCACUCGCCAGCCUCGGCAUCACUGCCGCUCCGUCCGGUCCUACUGGCGCUGGGUCGUCCGGUGCCAGUGGGACGGCAAAGGCGCCCUCGGAGACGGGUAAGGGAAGUGCGAACUCUGCGAAGAACGCGAGGAUGAGCGAUGGGGGUGUUGAGGCGGUUGUGGGAGUCCUGGCGACGCUCUCGGGACUAGGGGCUGUCGUGCUCUUUGCUUGA